UAGUAUCUGAGCCUGGGACGGUGCUCGCCCACCCGCGCUCUCCCUCGUUCACUUCCUUCACAUCAUGCCCGGCUGACCGCGCUCUCCCCUAGGCCAACAACGCCUGUAACUGGCUCCUUCCCCCCUCCCCACUCCUCGCUCGGAGGGGUGCCGCCUCCCGCCGCCCCGGGGCCUGGCGGCGUAGGAUGCGGCCGUGCUCCCGGCCGCUUCACCUCGUGUGUCGGCACCACAAAGCCGAGGCUCCCCGGAGCACGGUGGCUUCGGCCCCGAGCACCUGGAGCACAGAGUCGGGCCCCACUGUACGGCGACCCGCAGCGGAGGAGAGUGUGAAAGGAUUGUUGCAGUGACUCCAUCUGAUUCUGGCCAAAAGUGCUGGAUAAAGCCAACACAAUGAGUUCCCUUGAAGCAACAAUAAAGACUGAGAAAAGAGAUGAUGAAAUUGGAGUGAAUACUGAGUUGUGGCAAGAUGAAUCCAAAGAUCACAAGAGCAACAAUAACGUUAAUGAAAACGCACGUGAGGUAGCGGAGAUCUGUGUUGUGAUUGGUGAGGAUGGGGCUCAACGCUGCUCUGAGCAGAAUCAACCUAAUAGUCAAAACAGUGAUCUUGUUGAAAGCCCUGGGAAAUCAAACCAAAUGAAUGACCAGGAGGAAAGCAUGGAGUGGAAGCCACAGCAACAGGCCUCACUCAGGGCCUAUAUAUGUGGUGCCUGUGGAAAGAAAUACAAGUACUACAGCUGCUUCCGGGCACAUGUGAGAGCACACCUAGAAAAUGAAACCUCUGCAUCAGCUGAAAAUUCUCCACAGGCAAAGAAUUUUAGGUAUAUGUGUGACAUUUGUGGCAAGAAGUAUAAAUAUUACAGUUGUUUCCAAGAACAUCGGGAUUUGCAUGCAGUCGAUGAUCCAUACGAUCAUGCAGUUGAGGCACCAGCAGAGGUGAAAACCGAGCAGGUAGAAGAAACUGUCCGCAGCCCUGGAUCAAAGACGGGUAGCUACAUCUGUGAAUACUGUGGCAAGAGGUACAAGUAUUACACUCCUUAUCAGGAACAUGUGGCUCUGCAUGCAUCCUCUGAUGCAGAGAGUCCACUUGUCAAAAGAAAUGAAACCAAACUGCCAAAUGUAUGCGAAGAAAAUAACAGCUCCCAGAAUUCAAGUGGAAGUGCCAGUGUACACAAAUCAGAUCCUCCAUCUGUAAAAACCCGGUAUCAAAACAACAGUGCCCCUGAAAGAAAAAGCCUAGAAAAGGUACUGGAUACAGACCAGUCCAUCACAGAUGGUUCGACGUGUCAGAGCUGUGGAAGUGAACACAAACACUGUACCUGCUUAAGACAACAGACCCACAAUAGCCGCGCGAGAGAGCAGUACACGUGUGGGGCCUGUGGGAUUCAGUUCCAGUUUUACAACAACCUAAUUGAGCACAUGAACUCCCAUGCAGCUGAUAACGAAAACAGCUUAACAAUUAAACAAGUGCAGUCGCCACGUACAACUGCAACCACUGCUGCUACCGCCACCACAUCUGCUGCCCCUAUUGCUGCUACAGCUGCAUCUCCAGACAAGAGGAAUACCCACCGGCAGACCAACUGCACCAAUGAUAUGAAUAGCUCAGCCCUUGAUAAAGAACGCCAACACGUUGCUGAGAAGCUACUCAGGGUGAUGUGCGCUGAUCUGAAGGCACUGGCUGUGAUUAAUGGAAAAGACUUCGUCAAACUUGCUCAGACACUUGUAGACAUUGGUGCACGUUAUGGUUCCUUUCCUGUAGCUGACGUCCUUGGAGAUAUGAAUGCACUUGCUCUGAAACAUCUGCCCAGAAUGUACAAUCAGGUGAAGGUCAAAGUGACAUGUGCACUCGGAAGUAAUGCUUGCUGGGGAAUUGGGGUCACCUGCCAUUGUCAGAAUGUGGGGUCAGAGUCGUUCUACAUUCUAACAGCACAUCAGGUGGAAGGGUUACAGAUGAAACGGUAUGUGCUGGGCAUUAAAGAGGUUGAUGGGAAAGAAACUGGUGACCAGGUUCACCAGUGGGUGUUGAAUGUCCUUUCUGAAUUUGUAAUGUCAGAGAUGAGAACAAUUUAUGUCACGGAUAGCAAAGUCAGUUCUGCUGCUUUGUUGAAAGCUGGGAUAUGUCUGCGGUGUUCAGCCUGUGCAUUGAACUCCAUGGUAAGGAGUGUACUCAAUGAAAGAACAUUGCAGGCACAAAACAUGCCAGAGGUUACUGAACUUGUGAGUAACUGCAUCCAGAUAAUGAGUUCACUGGAGCAAGGUACUGACACUCCAGAGUUAUCCAGCCUUCUUGAAGGACAUCAAGCUCCAUGUUGUUGGAAUUCAGUUGCAGACUCUCUCCUCCUUGUACACGAGAAAUAUGAACAGUUACGAGAAUUAAUCAGUGGCAGGAAGGAACUCAAACACUUCCAAAAUUGCAAUAAAAGUUUGUUGAACAAUCUUGCAGCUAUUUUGGCUCCAGUGAAGCAGGCUGUUAUCGAACUAAGUUGUGAAAACAAACCAACUCUGCAGCUCGUGCUCCCGACCUAUAUCAGAUUGGAGAAACUCUUCACAUCCAAAGCUAAUGACGCAGGCAACGUAAGCAAACUCUGCCAUCUCUUUCUGGAGUCCCUGAAAGAAAACUUCAAAAUGGAGAAUGCUCACAAAGUAGCAAUGGUGCUUGACCCCCAUUCGAAGCACUUGCGGUCAGUGCCGCACUACCAGCAAGAGGAAGUAAUCAGUCGAGUGUGCGAAAUGAUUUCAGAUAUGGGACAGUCCUGUGAAGACGUUGUUGAAUUCCAACCAGCGAGGAAGAGAGUGCGUGGAAUGAGUGAAAACACAAAAACUCCUGCAAACAAAGACGCGAAUCAGGAUGAACGAAAGGAGGAAGUGUUUCAGUAUCUAAAGGAGCCGGUGCCCAAUAAAUCCACAGAUCUGUUUGGUUACUGGUCAAAUGCCACUCAGAAGCACCCAAAGUUAGCCAAGCUUGCCUUUUGGCUUUUGGCUGUGCCAGCAGUUGGUGCAAGAAGUAGCUGUCUGAAUAACUUUGAGACAUUUUCAGGAAAGCAGAAGAGACAGCUGACACCAGAGGUGAUGAACAAGCUAAUGUUUCUGAAGUCAAACUUGCAGUAACUCCCUGCCUUGUCUGACACAUUGGUGCUCUAAAGCAGAACUUAACCCAGGUGGUGAAGUCCGUUUUAUUACAUAACCUUUCUUACUGUGAUCAUUUUGUCUUUAUUUCUGUGAUCUACGUCGUAUUUGUUGAGACAUUCUGGGUGAGCUGCCCCUUAUGGCUCACUGGGCCAGUCCGGUGAGUGGCUGGGAAAUCCACCCCAGGUUUGAUCCCUGAUCUGUACCGAGGAAAUUACAGGACGGGACAGGUAUCAAUGGACUGUUUCUGGGCCGUGCUAUUAUUAACCUAAAUAAAUAGUUAGUGUUGUUCAUUGAACAUGUUACCUGGACCAAGGAUGUGGCCAAUGUCGGUUGCACAGUUUGCAACAAGUUACAUUUUAGUUGAAGUCACCAUAUCAGGACGGGGACUGGGGCAUGCACUAAGCUCUGGAAACGAUCUGUAACCGUUUAUAUUGUGCUUCCAGCAGCCACCAAGGUCAAAUCUACACAUCCUCUAAUCUCUCUGCCACUGGCCUGUCUGUGUACCAAAUACGCAAGGAAUAAAAUAGUUUGUCUAAACUGUUAUGAAGACAGCAGUCAAUGGGAGAUGAGACCGAUUCCCUGCCAAAGUUCGAGUCCUUCACAGUUUUACACUUUGCCUGUGUUUCUCUAGCUUUGUACUGAGAACCUCCUUUAACAUGAGCAAUUGUCUACAAUUGCAGUGUUGUGGAUGGUGCUUUUAUAUAUCACCUUGUCAAAAUUAAUGGAACUAUUAUCUUCUGAGAUGUCUGCUAUUUCAAAAGUGGUUAUCUGAUAGUCAUUUAUGUUAUUAAAAUGUCAUGUCUGAAUACAAAGUUCCAAGAUGAUGAAAUUUGAUGUCCAAAUUGAUGUGGAACUUGAUGAGAGUUUAAUAUUAAAUAUUUAUCAGUUCAGCUAAAGGUAUGUUUGACUUUCAGAUAGCUGCUAUGUCAAUGUACGGAGCAAACUAUACCUAAUUACCCCUCCUUUUGAGACAUACAAGGAAGGGGUGUUGAACUUUGUAUUUUAACUGGGUUUAUUUUAAGCUAAGGAAGUCGUACACUAAAAUUAAAUACAGAGGAUUCCAGUUAAUUUGGGACACAUCAGAAGCAGUACAUAUCGGCUCAAUAAAGUAGCUGACCAAAUCACCAAAGUUUCAUGGAAAUCAAAGUAGGUAUGCAGUAUACAACCCUGAGAUUUGUCUUCCUGCAGGAUGUCAUGAAACAGAGAGAAACACUACGUCACUUGUUCAAAGAAAACAUCCAAUACCCAAUGUGCCAGAAAAAACAAGUCACGCAAAUGGCAGAAAGCAAGCAAAUAACAAAAUAUUAUUCAUCAAACUGCAGAGUCCGUGAAAUAGCAUAGGAAUGUUCAAAUCAGUUUAGCGCUGCUGUUCUUUGAUUGCAGGCUGCAAAGCCAGUUCACCACGAUCAAAAAAGCAAUAAAAAAAAAGAGUAACCAGAAUCAGAUAUAACAUGAUUAUAUGUUAUAUACACAACCCCCCGGAUGUCUGUUGUAUGCGACCCAGAAGCCACGGCGACCCUCUGGCUUACCGGCCGUGUCACGAGUCACGAAUUGGGGCUCGACUUCCAGAGCCACCUGAAAAGUGUGAUAAUGGAGUAUGACGGGCCCCUCCCACCAAUUGCAGUCAGAAAUCCCCAGUUCUGUGGGAAUUCGUCACAUACCCCGCUACUGACCCGUUCUCUACAAACGGGUCUAAUCCACAAACCACACCAAUCACACCUUGACCAAGGCCCAAGACUAUGCACCCACCCUCCAUUGGCAGCAAGUAAGAGGGAGACCAGUCGCAUGCACAUGCUGAACUCGCCUUCCACUCUCAUCCUCAUUGAUUUCAAUCCUGCUUUAGUCAGUGAGAAAGCUGAUCAUGGGUUCAUGCUCCGCCAUUCUGUUUUCAGCCACACUGAAUUACCUUGGAAACAGCAAAAGUAGCAGAUCGUUUAGUCAGCCCAAAAACACAUUAUCAAAAUGUAAUUUACAAACUCCAAUUGCACCUAGGUUAGUAGAAGUAUAUUUAAAAGAAGUAGUAGUAAUUCUGUGAACUGUCUGCAGGAUGUCACAUUAGGUGGGUUGGUCACUGGCACCAUAAAGGGAUAUAAAAAAUGCUGUUUAACUGAGUAAUAAAUUAUGUAUUUAAAUUAAUUACUGAACCAAUUGGAACACUAACAGUAGUAUGAAGUUGUAUUAGUUUCUAAUAGUUACCGACAGAAGGAUUCAUCCAGUGUACGCUGCAUGUUCUUUUGAGUGAAUAUAAAUAAACAAAAUCAGUACAGACACCUAAUGCAGAUAAUAGACUUCCUUCAUGAAACCAAAAUAAAAACAAAAUGAUCAAAAGUCACUUUUUUUUUAAACGGCCCAGAUGAAUAACAUAAUACAAGCACAUGCAACUGAUGCUAGUUAGAACUUAUUCGACAACUGUCUCCUGUCCCAAUUAAGUUGCAUAGUGUCCCAAAUAAAGGGAAUCCCAGUUGUUUACUUGAUUAGUUUUUGUCCUUUGAGAGCUUUUCCAAAAAGUAGCUGCCAUAAUUAACUGGAAUCCACUGUAUUAAAAUACAACGGCUCAAACCUAGUGAUGGUACUGUAACAAGAGACCAAAAAUCUUGGAUUCAAAGCAUAACUGAUCAAAGAAAAACUCAAUACAUGGGCAACUCGUAAUUCCCAUUUUGUAUGCUGUAUCUGGUUUGUAAACCCACAUAUCAAAGCUGAUGGAGGGAUAGCAUCCUAACACUGUUUAUCACUGAGUUGUGUCUGUGCAGACUUUAUAAAUGGACAUCAGUUUAACCAUUUCCCAGUGCUUGGCACACUCAUAGCUCUGUAAGCACAGAUCUCAAAUCCCUCAUCAAGGUGUUUUUUUAAAAGUGAGAAGCUUUCUGCCUUCCCCACUCUCAGACAGUGAACUCCAGACUCUGGAAAAAUAAUUGUCAGCCACCCUCUCGUCUAACCCAAUGAACUUAAAUACAUGGCCCUUCCUUAUUGUCUCAGCUAAAGCAAAGGGGUCAUUCCAGUAUAUCUGUCCAGCCUCCAAUUUUAUGUACCACUAUUAAAUCUCACUUUCUCUUUGGUCCAAAGGAAACAAUCCAGCAUAGAUAGUCUCCUUUAAUUUUUUAGUCUUGUUUAUCUGUACUAAAGUUGGCUGAAAUAAUUUACAAUACAGUUGCAUAAUUCAAGAUGCAGCUUCUUCUGCCAGCAGUACUCUUUACAGCUCAGUGUGACACUGAGCUGGUCUGUUCUUCCAUAGAAACAUGUCUUCUUCCUCCAGUGCAUAAUGGCCUCCCGUCAACCUGAUACUUUGAUAAGGAAUCGUUCAGUAUUUUCAGUCAUUGAACACUACAGCGGGGAAACUGGCCAAUCGGCCCAUCUAAUCUGUGCUGAACUGUUACUCUGCCUAGUUCCAUCGACCUAUCAGCUAUACCCCUCCCACCGGUAUGUAUUUAUCCAAACUUCUCUUCAGUGUUGAAAUCAAACUCUCAUCCACCACUUCUGCCGGCAGCUUGUUCCACACUCUCACCACCCACAGUGAAGGAGUUCCCCUUAAAUAUUUCACCUUUCACCUAUGACCUCUAGUUCUGGUCUCACUCAACAUCAGUGGAUAUAGCCUGCUUGUAUUUACCCUGUCUAUACCCCUCAUAACUUUGUAUACCUCUGUAAGAUCUUCUCUCAUUGAGUUCCAGGGAAUAAAAUUGUAUCUAUUCAAACAUUGCCAGGAAGACAGUUUCUGUGUAUCCAGAAAUCUUUGUUUGACUUGUUUAUUUUCUAGUGACACUUCCAUCUGGCAAUAAGCUAUACGCCAGUGGAACAAUAAUUUGGGACUUCCCCAUUUUCCAUGUCUAGUCAAGGCUCAGUGGAUCAUCUUGUUAUGAUUGGUCUGACCAAUUGUAGUGUACAUAGAGUUCUAUAAGGUCUUUGACAAUUUCCCACAAGAGAAUGGGGCAAAAAAAGAUCAGGACCUCUGGGAUCUUGGACAAAUGGGCAAAAUUGACUCUGUAAAAGAAGCCAUGGCAACAAUAGAGGGAUUUUUUUUUUGUCAUUAAGCUUGUGGCCUAUGGACGUUAAUGGUGGGGUCCUUUAUAUAAAUUUAAAAAAAUGUUUGGAUGUUACUAAAUGUUCAGAUGACAUGUUUCUGUUGAUAGUGGUCUAUCUACUGCCUGUUAUGCUGCUUGUGUUUAACUCGGCAAUGAAGGUCCUCCAACUCUAGAAGUGUUAAGGGCUUCCUUCAUAGUGUCAACAGCCUGGUCUUUCUUACUGGCAGUCAUGUAAUUUCUGGUUCCGUGACAAUUUUAUUUUAUUAGUCAGGGUUGUUUGUCCUGACCUGAAUCCUCGAACCUGGAGGACCAAUGGAGCAUUCUUAGUCUGGCUGCUAUCCUUUGACCUGUUUGGCAUGGGUCUCUGAGUCAUUGAGGCAUGCAACCCUCCAAAUCAUGACAAGCUUGUAAUCCUCUUGAAGGUGUUGAUAAUGAGAGUAGUUAAAGGCUAUAGACUGUUUUGGACACACGACAAAAUGGCCAAAGCAAUGACAAAUGGAAUUUAACCCUGAUAAGUGACGGAUAGGACCCGUGGUUAGGGAGGAUUGGAUAACGAGGUCCUCUGUGUACAUGUCCAAGGAUCCUUACAAGUGACCAGUCAGGAAGAUAAGCUAGCGAAGAAAACCUUUGAGAGCGUAUGGAGAAUAAGAGCAGGGAGGUUAUGAUGCAAUAUUAUAAAAAAUUGAUUAAGUUAGAGCUGAAAUAUCCUGUGGCAGAACAGCUGUGUAGUGUUUGGCAGAAUGUUUUACAGCACCAGUGACCUGGGUACAAUUCCCGCUGCUGGCUAUGUUCUCCCUAUGACAGUGUGGGUUUCCUCCUACAUUCCAAAGACAUGAGGGUUAGUAGGUUAACGGUACAGCCAUGGGAUCUUUGGCUGGGAGGGCCUGUUACCAUGCUGAAUCUUCAAUAAACCAGUACUGUGUCCAGCUCUAGUUUCCAUGCCAUAGAAGCGAUAUUAUUGGAGAAUGAGUUGUGACCUGAUCGGUGUAUACGAUCAUGAGGAGCAUAGGGUGAAAGUACAGUCUUUCCCAGGGAGGACAUGGGUUUAAGAUCAGAGGUGAGAGAUUUAAAAGAGACAAAUAGUGGUUGAGGUAGUUACAUUAGCAACAAUAUGGGUGUCAAAGGAUACAGGCUGAAGGCAGGAGAAUGGGGCUGAGAGGGAUAAUAAAUCAGCCAUGACAGAGUGGCAGAGCAGGCUCAAUGGCUGAAUGGCCUAAUUCUGCGCCUAUGUCUUAUGGUCUUUCUUAAAAGCCAUCUAGAUAGUAUACAGGAGACAUUUAGAAGGCUUUGGACCAAACAUGGUCAGAUAGGACAAGCUGGCUAGUCAACAUUUUUUUCAGAGAUAAGUUGUGCUGAAUGGCCUGUUUCUGAGAUGUGUGAUUAUGAUCAAGAUACAAUGCGAAUUCAUCAAGGUACUGUCUUGAGAUGGAAUGAUUUUGUUCUGAGGAGAGAUCUGUGGGCUGGUUUUAUUUUUGGAAUGGAGGAGGCUAAUGUGACCUGAUAUGGGCGUACAAAAUUUAGGGGUGUAGGUGGGUAGGAAACUUUAUCCUUAGCAGAGAUAUCUAGUAAUAAAGGGUACAGGUUUGGAAUUGAUCUAAGGAAGAACUUUAUCCCAGAUGAGGAAGGGGAAUGUGGUUGGAAUCUAGACUCUGCUAUACGGAAGGGUGGGUGGUGGAGCCAGAGUCUCUGACAACAUUUAAGUAUGAAAACUAGCACUCAAAUGGGCAGCCUACAAAAGACUAGUAAACAGUACAGAUAUGUACUUGGUCUGAUGUGGCAAAUGUCCCGUUUCACUUCUGUUACUGUCUGCCCCCUUCAGUCAUUGGGUUUAUGUAAUACACAGAUAUCUGACAUUAGUCUGUUGCUCAGCUCAAAUUACACCGUACCCCUAAAUUAUCCUAUGACUUCCUAACUGCCAACCAUUCUGACAAGACAACGUUACAGCUGUCUCAAAAUAAAGGAUAUGUAAAAUCCUGUUCAAUGUAAAGCACUGUGUAGUUUUAACUUUGAUUAGGGUUGUAUGAAUUAAAGGCAUUAUUCAAAAGAG